AUGGAGUCAUUGGAUUUUCGAAUCAUUUCCGAUAUUAGAUCAGUCUUGGCGUCUCGGAGCUUCUUUGCGAUUCGAUCGCUUGAGAUCUCGUUCCUACAUGCAUGUCUUGAUCAACGGAUUCAAAUCCUCGAUGACGAGUGGUUCGAUCAAUGGACGGCCUUGUGGAACGUUAUAAAAGGUGCGAAGGGGCUUCUGAAUAUUCAAGCCUGGGUGAAAAUGGACCAAGAGUCGGGGAAUACGAUGACUGCAGAACAGGAGGCAAGGCUAUUUGCGCCGCUCGUUGAACUUGACCGGUUACGACAGUUCAAAGUCGAGGUAACAUGGCCGGCAAAUGAAGCUUCUGAAGCCUUGCUUCUUGACGCGCCAUUUCACCUGGUGAGGGAUGACAAUCCUAUACCUGACAAACCCGAGCUGGUGUUCGAGACUGUGACUUGUUCUUUGGGAAGCUUAUGA